AUGGCUAGCAAUUUUUCAUCACGAACAGUUGUUCCACGAAAUUUUAAAUUAUUAGAAGAACUUGAAGCAGCUCAGAAAGGUCAUCAUGAAGGAUCAGUAUCAUGGGGUCUCGAAGCUAAUGAUGACAUGUCAUUAUCCCGGUGGGUUUGUAUGAUUAUCGGACCAUCAAGAACACCUUAUGAAAAUCGUAUUUAUACAUUAAAAGUUCAUUGUGGUGAUCGUUAUCCCGAAGAACCACCAACUGUUCGUUUUCAAACACGUAUAAAUUUAACUGGUGUAACAGCUAAUGGUUCUGUUGAUACAAAAUUAAUUCCAGCUCUUCGUAAUUGGAAUCGAGAUAUGACUAUUCAUCAAGUAUUAAAUGAAAUUCGUGCGAAUAUGUCAUCAAAAGAGAAUGCAAAAUUAUCUCAACCAUCUGAAGGAGCAGUUUAUCCAUCUCAGUGA